AUGGAUUCUCUUGAUUCCCUUCGCCACCUCAUCGCAAACCACCCGCUUAUUGAUAAUCAUGCGCACAAUCUAUUGAGUCGCGACGUGGCCACCGAGUACGAUAGCUACCCGUUAGAAUCUAUCACUUCCGAGGCCCACGGUCGCGCCUUGGAGAAUGCCCGGUUCACCCUGCCAUUGCUGCGGGCCACCAACCAGCUUGCCGAGCUUUACGGAAGUCCCUGUGCGGAAUGGUCAGACGUACUAGCCGCCCACAGCCGAUGGGUAGAGCAGGAUUACGAAGGCCUGAUCAAACGGAGCUUGGAAGGCACACAUGCCUUGCUUCUCGAUGAUCUCUUAUCAGACGACGAUGUCGAAUCAUACGAUUGGCAUGACUCAUUCACCGCGUCUGCGACAAAACGCAUCGUCCGAAUCGAGGCGGUAGCAGCCUCGCUUCUGGUGGAGCUGAUGAGCACGGAUCGACAGGAAGGUCAGACCGUGUGGGGUCUAUUCCGCCAGCAAUUCCUUGAAAAGCUCGAGCACGCAAUGGACGAUCCCGCUGUUGUGGGGUUCAAAUCUGUGGUUUGUUACCGCACUGGACUAGAUGUCGAUCCCCACACACCAGAUGAGGAUCUAUUAACAGCCUCGCUCCACCGAACCCUGGACUUGGGUACUAGGAAAUCAGGUUAUCGGAUUGAGGAAAAGCCAUUGAAUGACUGGCUGGUUCAGCAGACGCUUAAACUGAUUACUUGGAGAAAGAGGGCUGGUAUUGUUAAGCCUCUUCAGUUUCAUACUGGGUUGGGUGAUAAUGAUAUCAGUCUUUUGCGAGCAAACCCUGCCUAUCUUCAGCCGUUGAUUGUGCAAUACCCCGAUGCGGAUAUUGUAUUGCUGCACUCAGCGUAUCCGUAUACUCGGGCAGCUGGAUAUCUGGCUUCUGUGUAUCCUAAUGUAUACCUGGACCUCGGAGAGGUGUUCCCGAUGGUGAGUCGGCAGGCCCAGGAAAAGAUUCUACAGGAGAGUUUGGAGAUUACACCUACCAACCGUCUCCUUUGGAGUACCGAUGGUCAUUUCCACCCGGAGACCUUUUGGCUUGCCAACAAGCAAUUCCGACAGGCGCUGGAGAAAGUGUUUAUCGACUACGUCCAACAUGGCGACUACACUAUUUCACAGGCCAAGACGGCAGCCGCUGACAUUCUGUUUAAUAACUCAAAUCGUCUGUACAGAUUGCAAUUGACGCCACAGUAUAACACUGAAAGUACCGAGCAAUCGAUGGCUAUUGUUGGCCAGAAAGGUGCAGUCGCAUCUGACACCCUAGACGCCUUCCUACAAGCCAAUCCUAAAAUCGAGUACAUCUGGAUGCAAUGGGUAGAUUACACAGCAACUGUACGAGUGCGCAUGUUCCCACUCCAAGAGUUUGUUCGCAUUGCACGGAAUCAAAGGCGGAUCGGAAUCGCGAUGGCUGCGUUGAGUAUGCUGCAAAACGACGUUGUUAUUCCGGAGGGCUCGACUACAGGACAAUUCUAUAUGCAGCCUGACUUUUCCAGCCUUUACUUGAAUGGAAGUAUGGUGACACCAGCUGCACCAAGCGCCACUGUCAUGACGUUUUGGAAAACGGAAGACGGCCAAUUCUUGGAAGGGUGCCCAAGAGGUACAUUGCAAAAUAUUGUCGAGAAGCUGCAUAAGCAACACAAUAUCAACGUCCUAUGUGGCUUUGAGGUUGAGGUAGUUUUCCUCAAAUCUGAGAAAGAGAGGACAACUUGCGACCCUGCAACAACUAUUCAUUCCUGGUCGCAAAUGACUACACAAACAAGACGGAUGGUCCCAAUCCUUGAAGAAAUCACACAGGCACUGGUGUCGAUGGGAAUAAAACUCCAGCAAUUCCACGCCGAGUCAUCACCUGGUCAAUUUGAAUUCGUCCUCCCACCGUUGGCACCCCUAGCCGCCGUGGAUACGCUGAUCGCUACCCGGCAAGUCAUCUCUGCAGUCGCAGAUAGAUACGGUCUGCGCGCAACCCUGCACCCACGGCCCUACCCCGAUGGAGCUGGUACUGCCUCCCAUACACACAUCUCCAUCAACCCCCCGACAAAAGAAGACACAUUCCUAGCCGGCAUGCUCGACCAUUUCCGUUCCAUCGUUGCAUUCACCCUCUCGCAAGAUGUAAGCUACGAGCGUGUCCGCUCGGGCAUCUGGGCAGGAUCAGAAUGGGUCACCUGGGGCUUCCAGAACCGCGAGGCUCCAAUCCGCAAGAUCAACCCCGGUCACUGGGAGAUCAAAUCAAUGGAUGGUUUAGCAAACCCUUAUUUUGCUGUAGCCGCCCUCCUAGCUGGAGGGUACCUGGGGCUGGAGGCAAAUGCACCACUGACUGUCAAGGAGUGCGGCGUCGACGCAUCUACACUGGCGGAAUCCGAGCGCUCUGAGCUAGGAAUUAACACCGAAAUUCCGAAAUCCUUGGAUGAAAGCCUAGUAGCACUCGAGAAUGACAAGGCUCUACAGAAUCUGCUUGGUCCAGGCUUUAUUCGGAACUAUACGCUCGUCAAGAGGGCGGAGUCCGCUAGCUUGUCAGCCAUGUCGGAGGCGGAGCGACGGCUGUGGGUUGUUGAGAGAUAUUAA